CCUUUUCGUUCCAUUUUUAACCCUUCGUCAAUCACAGCGACUCUGUGAGAGAGGGAGACAGAGCUUCAGAUCUGGCCCCAGGAUGCAAUCUCGACCGUCCAUAUGGUGGUCCCGACUUUUCCUGCUCAUCUCAGUCAUCUCCCUGUCCGCGGUACCAUCCGAAUCGGCGGUCUCCAGCAUCGAUCUCGGCUCGGAAUGGAUGAAGGUUGCCGUCGUUAACCUCAAGCCGGGCCAAGCUCCGAUUUCCAUCGCGAUCAACGAGAUGUCCAAACGCAAAUCCCCGCCGUUGAUCGCAUUCCAUGCCGGUGCUCGCCUAGUCGGCGAGGAGGCCGCCGGAAUCGUGGCCCGGUACCCGGAGAAGGUCUAUUCCCAGGUCCGUGACAUGAUCGGCAAGCCCUUUGCCUAUGUCAAAUCCAUGAUUGAUUCACUGUACUUGCCGUUCGAUCUGGUGGAGGAUCCCAGGGGCGGUGCAAGCAUCAGGAUCGAUGAUGGAGUCACGGUCUACACCGUCGAGGAAUUGACUGCAAUGAUUCUUAAGUAUGGGAUGAAUUUGGCGGAGUUCCAUUCGAAGGUGGUGAUCAAAGAUGCCGUGAUCGCAGUCCCACCGUACUUUGGGCAGGCAGAGCGUAGGGGUAUGGUUCAGGCGGCCCAGCUGGCAGGCAUUAACGUGCUUUCGCUGAUCAAUGAGCAUUCGGGUGCGGCCCUUCAGUAUGGCAUUGAUAAGGAUUUCUCGAACGGGUCCCGCCAUGUCGUGAUCUAUGAUAUGGGGUCAAGGACUACAUACGCGGCACUUGUGUAUUUCUCGGCGUAUAAUACGAAGGAGUAUGGGAAGACAGUCUCAGUCAAUCAGUUCCAGGUGAAAGAUGUUAGAUGGAACACAGAACUUGGCGGCCUGAAUAUGGAAUUACGUUUGGUGGAGUAUUUUGCAGAUGAAUUCAAUAAUCAAGUUGGAAAUGGAGUAGAUGUGAGAAAGUCCCCCAAGGCAAUGGCUAAGUUGAAGAAGCAGGUUAAACGCACAAAAGAAAUUUUAAGUGCAAACUCUGUGGCACCAAUAUCAGUUGAAUCUCUCUAUGAGGAUCGUGAUUUUAGGAGUACUAUAACCCGUGAGAAAUUUGAAGAACUAUGUGGGGACCUCUGGGAGAAAUCUCUUAUCCCCUUGAAAGAAGUGCUAAAGCAUUCCGGGUUGAAGCUUGAUGAGAUAUAUGCAGUGGAGCUGAUAGGUGGUUCAACUCGUGUGCCGAAAUUGCAGGCAAAGCUUCAGGAAUUUCUUGGGAGACAGGAUCUGGACAAGCACCUUGAUGCUGAUGAAGCUAUAGUGCUUGGUGCAGCUCUUCAUGCUGCUAAUUUAAGUGAUGGAAUCAAGCUAAAUCGUAAGCUAGGGAUGAUUGAUGGUUCUUCAUAUGGUUUCAUAAUGGAAUUAGAUGGUCCUGAUCUUUUGAAAGAUGAGAGCACUAAACAGUUACUUGUACCACGAAUGAAGAAGCUCAACAGCAAGAUGUUCAGGUCUAUUAAGCAUAACAAAGAUUUUGAAGUUUCACUUAGCUAUGAGAGUUUGGAUGCAUUGCCACCUGGGAUUUCUUCUGAUAAGUUUGCCCAGUAUGCAGUGUCUGGUUUGACAGAUGCCAGUGAAAGGUAUGCAUCUCGCAACCUGUCUUCUCCCAUCAAGGCAAAUCUACAUUUCACUCUGAGCAGAAGUGGGAUACUUUCUCUCGAUCGAGCAGAAGCUGUCAUUGAGAUUUCAGAAUGGGUGGAAGUUCCCGUAAAAAAUUUAACUGCAGAGAAUUCAACUACUGCCACUCUUAACGCGUCAGCUGAGGCAAGCCCUGAGAACAGUUCAGAUGGGAGCAAAGACAACUUGAAUAUUGAGGGGGAGACUAAUAACACAGCAAACCCCAAUGUAGAGGAGCAACGUACUACAGAGGUUGCUACAGAAAAGAAGUUGAAGAAGCGAACCUUUAGGGUCCAACUGAAGGUAGUGGAGAAAACGGUGGGCCCCGGAAUGCCUCUUUCAAAAGAAGCUCUUGAUGAAGCUAAGAUCAGAUUGGAGGCACUGGAUAAGAAAGAUGCAGAGCGAAGGAGAACUGCAGAACUCAAAAACAACCUGGAGGAAUACAUAUAUGCCACAAAAGAAAAGUUAGAAGAUUCUUUGGACAUUCAGAAAAUAUCAACUGAACAGGAGCGUCAGUCCUUCAUAAAGAAACUUGAGGAGGUGCAAGAAUGGCUAUAUACUGAUGGUGAGGAUGCUUCUGCAACCGAGUUCCAAGAACGACUAGACACGCUAAAAGCUAUUGGUGAUCCAAUAUUCUUCAGAUUGAAUGAGUUAAGUGCACGCCCUGCGGCAUCUGAACAUGCUCAAAAAUUUCUGGCUGGGCUGCAAAAGAUUGUAAGUGGCUGGGAGAAGGACAAACCCUGGGUACCUAAAGCCAGAAUAGAUGAGGUUGUGACUGAGGCUGACAAGUUCAAGACAUGGUUAGAAGAGAAGGAAGCCCAACAAAAGAUGGCUGCUGCAUCAAGCACACCGAUAUUCACAUCAGAUGAAGUGUAUGACAAGGCAUUCAACCUCCAAGACAAGGUUGCAAGCAUCAACAGAAUCCCCAAGCCAAAGCCGAAGAUCGAGAAACCUCCAAAAGAAGAAACUGAGAGUGGAGAGGAGAACACAAGCACCACCAACUCUACUACUGAGGACAGCUCUUCCCAAACUGAACAACCUACAGGAGAUCCUUCCGCUUCAUCUGACACGGACGCCAGUGCAGAGUCAGAGUCCCAUGAUGAAUUGUAAUCUGACCCUCGGUGACUUACAAAGCUUGUGGCUGCAUGACCAGAUAGCCGAUGGCCGCCUAACCGUCACGGUGGCACCUUUUGAUAAGAUACACUACACUUUCAGAACCCUAGGAUGAUUAUUCUCUGUUUUUGUCAUUAGCGGUUAUAUGCAGGUAGCGUAGCUUCUGUGGCCCACAGUUUUGAUAGGCAGCAGUGGUUCAUAUGAGCCUUGAGAUGUGUCCUUUGAACAUGUUAAAUGUAGUUGAUCAUCCCCACAUCAUUAAGGGGUGACCCACCUGCAUUCAGCGAUCAUCUAAUAUACAAAUCAUCCUAACAGGGAUUAGGGUUUCUUCCCAUUCUUGUACACUAAUUGUGCUGAAUAUUGUUAUGAUCAGUUACAGAUCUCUAUUUAAUCUUCCUCUUUUAUGUUUCGCAAA